AUGCCUCCAGUCAGGACGAGCAUGUCCUCCAUCAAGCCGGUCAAGACCGAGCGUACGCACGAGGAGAAUCAGGAACGCGCAUACAUUGCUGCAUCACGCAGGAGCGAUCGCAGCCUUGAGGCUCGGGUGGAGUCGGCACGGAGAGCUUCGGAGAUCCACAAGCGACGAACAGGACGAUCACUUCGUGUCACCGAGCAGGAUGUGAUCAACGAGGAGAUGUACGAAGAGGAAGAUGACGACCUUCCAAUGCAGUAUCGGCGCUUGACUGCACACCUACAGACUCAGAACGUCGAUUUCAACCGUCGGCUGCAGGCAUACCUCGUUAAUCAAGUCGCCAUGAGACAGGCCGUCGGUAAUGCCACCGUCGAUACCAUGCAGAUGGGUAACCAGGGUUGUAACCCACAGGCUCAAUUCAUGAACCCUGGCUUCAUGCAGAUGCAGCAGCAAGCCGGUAUGCAAGGAUCCAUGAUGCCGCCGCAGAUGUAUACGCAGACACCACAAAGCUAUCGACAGCAUCCAUAUCAGAUGCCUCGCACCACGCAGAACAUGCGACAUAACUACCAUGAGCACUCGGCAUCCAUCUCGACGCCAGCGCCGCAGUCACAGCAAGUACCUCAGUACCAGCAACAGCACUCGCAAUCUUCCCAGAACAGCCCAGUCGAUGCAAGGCAGCACUUCGACUAUCGUCGCAUGUCUCUUCCGGUCAAGACCAACAACAUGCCACGUACACCUGUGUCGCAGCAGGGCGUGGUGUCGUCGCCCGGCCACAUUUCUCCGGCUGUCUCACGCACCGGUUCGUCUGCCAAUCUUGCAUCGUCGCACAGUGUGAAGAGCGAACAUCCUUCGCCACAGCAGGUCCCGACACCACCGCAGGCGCAGCAGUCUCGACCUGAACUGGCUCACUACCAGUCUCAGCAGACCUCGCCCUUCAGCGCCGGCUUCGAGCAGCAGAUGAUGGGUGGUGUGAACCCACUCUCGAUGCAGCUACCGAUGAAUGCGCAGCAGCAAUUGUUCGAUGCACCAUGCGAGGUCACCAUGCCUCAAAUGUUCAGCCAGUACACCCAGCCUGGUUAUUCUUAUAACCCUAACGGCAAACCUAAGGCACAGCAAAUGUCACAAGCAUCCGACUUAAGUCAGACCUUGACUAUGCCGUCGCUCGACACGAGCUUCAUGCCUUUCAGCCAGAGCAUGACGUCGCCACAGACUGCCUUCACUGAUUCGGGCUUCACCUACACGCCACAAGAUAUCAACGGCCUCCCCUUUGGCGACUUCACCGCCGAGCCUUUCAAGAUGUCUGGCAGCGGUCUCGAUAUCAGCGGGCAGGUCACACCAUCGAAUGAGGACUGGAGUGGUUUCCUGCAGAAUGAUGACGACUUCAUCAGCAUGGCAAAAGUGUGA